UGCUAACAACGUGACCCUGACAACCAGUCUCGCUGUCGGUAAAACGAGCUCGCGUUGGCAAGUACUACAACAACAUUGUUCAUCAUAUGAUACAGUGCUGAUCCCAUUGACAGGGUUAUUUUUUCGGCGGAGACUUUGACCGCGCCAUUGUGAGCCUUCCAAAAUGAUGAACGCAGAUUUACCCAAUUCCACGAUGUGGAACGUGGACAGGCGGAGGGAGUUCUGUGCGUUGAAACCGGGAACACAACUGCCAGGUUAUCGUGGAUAUAUCGAACAGUAUAAAUACCACAUUGGUGAUACAUAUGGGAACGCUACAAACAAGCUUUCACAGAGAGAUAGGCAUCCAAUUGCAGCAGCGUGGCCGCAUAAUUAUUUUGAAACUAGCACAAAAUAUGUCGGAACAGGAUCAGCUGGUGCCGAAGUACGAGAGAGGAUUCCAAAACAUAAUUUACCAGCAUCCACUGGUGAUAAUAAACUUACAGAGAGUAUGGUUCCAGGCUAUACAGGUUAUAUUCCCAGAAUGCCUUUCAAGUUUGGUGGCACAUACAAAGAAGAUUGUGAUGUCUGCAUUGACGACUUCCUCACAAAUACUAAAAAACAUGGAACAAACGUUCAUGAACUUAAACAAACUGUUAAUGGCUAUCCCAAUCUGAACGCUGUCACGAAAGAUGAUGAUAGAGUGAUCAAACGACUGAAUGACUUCAGAGAUAGGAAUCCUACAGCACCAAUUUUACUAGAAAGUAGAAAAACACCAACAGAAGCACCAAUGCCUGGUUAUCGUGGGUUCAUACCAAGGAAAGGAGUGACAGAGUUAGGACUGGGAGGGCGCUACCACACUGUAUGCAAAGACUCAUUAGAAGUGUUUGACCAUGAAACACAAAGACACAUGGCAAAGAUUGGAAAACCAGUGAUACCCCCAAGGAAUGAAGCCGAGGCAGUGGGUGUGACGGGUGUAGAACUCCCACGUCAGCAUCCUGACGCCAAUAGCCGUAGACUUUACAAACAAAAUGGAAUGGUUCCAAAAUAUACAGGAUAUUUACCCCAAAUGCGAUACAGAUUUGGAAACACCUAUGGAGAUACAUCUCGAUCUCUGCCUGUUUGCUACCAUAGCCGUCCAACUUUUGGUGAAUAUAUUCGUACACAGAGAUCAGCUAAAGUUUAAAGAAAAUGUAUUAUUAAAUGGGGUUUAUGUUAAAAUAGAGGGUUUGGGUAUGAAUCCAGAAAUGAAUGAUGGAAAGAAUACCACUGUUAAAUAUACACUUUUCUGUAUUUUCACUGUAUGGCAUGAACAGCGCCCUCAGACAAGUUCAAGAAUAAAGAGUAUCUUGUCAUUA